AUGGUGCUAUAUCGAAAACGAGAAGAUCUCACGGACGUCGAGAUUGCCAAAGCCGACGACCUCGCCCAGGAGACCUACCAUCGGCUACUGACGGCUUUCACGGCGAAGGCCCUCACGAACUACUUCCACAUGAUCGGCUCGGGCCACAUUACUGCUUAUUUGCGAAAGUACCGGAACUUGUACCGCUACUCGAACCAGGGCUUCGAGAGCGUGAACCACUUGAUCAAGCGCUUCUUCCUCACGCGGACGCAGCGCGGCGGCCACUGCGGCCACGAGGCGACGCGGGCGACGCGCGUCGCCGCGCUGGGCAAGUGGAUGCAGCGGCGGAUGAUGUGGCUCACAGGCCUGGUCAAGCCCGGCGAGCUCAAGGUCAUCGGCUGGAAGCAGAAGCGCGUGAUAGACUGGUAA